AUGCGGCUUAUAGCCCUGUGCGACUUAUGCAUCACCAACUACUACAGUCACUACCUUAGCACUAACUACUACAACCACUACCCCAACACCAACUACUUCAACAACUACCCCAGCACCAACUACUACAACCACUACGCCAGCACCAACCACUACAACCACUACUCCAGCACCAACCACUACUACCACUACCCCAACACCAACUACUACAACCACUACCCUAGCACCAGCUACUUCAACCACUACCACAGCACCAACUACUACAACCACCACCCCAGCUCCAACUACUACAACCACUACCCCUGCACCAACUUCUACUACCACUACCCCACACCAACUACUACUACCACUACUCUCCAACUACUUCAACCACUACCCCACACCAACUACUACAACCACUACCGUAGCACCAUCUACUUCAACCACUACCUCAGCACCAACUACUACAACCACUGCCCUAGCACCAACUACUUCAACCACUGCCUCAGCACCAACUACUACAACCACUACCCCAGCACCAACCACUACAACCACUACCUCAGCACCAACACCAACUACUACAACCACUACUCUAGCACCAACUACUUCAACAACUACCUCAACACCAACUACUACAACCACUACCCUAGCAUCAACUACUUCAACCACAACCUCAGCACCAACUACUACAACCACUACUCCAGCACCAACCACUACUACCACUACCCUAGCUCCAACUACUACAACCACUACCCUAGCACCAACUACUUCAACCACAACCUCAGCACCAACUACUACAACCACUGCCCUAGCACCAACUACUUCAACCACUACCUCAGCACCAACUACCACAACCACUACCCCACACCAACUACUACAACCACUACAAUAGCUCCAACUACUUCAACCACUACCCCACACCAACUACUUCCACCACUACCCCACACCAACUACUACUACCACUACAAUAGCACCAACUACUUCCACCACUACCCCAGUACCAACUACUACAACAACCACCCCAGCACCAACUAUUACAACCACUACCCCAGCACCAACUACUACUACCACUACUGUAGCACCCACUACUUCAACCACUACCCCAGCACAAACUACUACGACCACUACCCCAGCACCAACUGCUACAACCACUACUCCAGCACCAACUACUACUACCACUACCCUAGCAACAACUACUUCCACCACUACCCCUGCACCAACUUCUACUACCACUACCCCACACCAACUACUACAACCACUACAAUAGCACCAACUACUUCCACCACUACCCCACACCAACUACUUCCACCACUACCCCAGACCAACUACGACAACCACUACCCUAGCACCAACUACUACAACCACUACCCCAGCACCAACUACUACUACCACUACUGUAGCACCCACUACUUCAACCACUACCCCAGCACCAACUGCUACAGCCACUACCUCAGCACCAACUACUUCAACAACUACCUCAGCACCAACUACUACAACCACUACCCCAUCACCAACUACUAUAACCACUACCCCAGCACCAACUACUUCCACCACUACCCUGGCACCAACUACUACAACCACUACCCCAGCACCAACUCCUACAACCACACCAACUACUACAACCACUACUCUAGCACCAACUACUUCAACAACUACCUCAACACCAACUACUACAACCACUACCCUAGCAUCAACUACUUCAACCACAACCUCAGCACCAACUACUACAACCACUACUCCAGCACCAACCACUACUACCACUACCCUAGCUCCAACUACUACAACCACUACCCUAGCACCAACUACUUCAACCACAACCUCAGCACCAACUACUACAACCACUGCCCUAGCACCAACUACUUCAACCACUACCUCAGCACCAACUACCACAACCACUACCCCACACCAACUACUACAACCACUACAAUAGCUCCAACUACUUCAACCACUACCCCACUCCAACUACUUCAACCACUACCCCACACCAACUACUACUACCACUACAAUAGCACCAACUACUUCCACCACUACCCCAGUACCAACUACUACAACAACCACCCCAGCACCAACUAUUACAACCACUACCCCAGCACCAACUACUACUACCACUACUGUAGCACCCACUACUUCAACCACUACCCCAGCACAAACUACUACGACCACUACCCCAGCACCAACUGCUACAACCACUACUCCAGCACCAACUACUACUACCACUACCCUAGCAACAACUACUUCCACCACUACCCCUGCACCAACUUCUACUACCACUACCCCACACCAACUACUACAACCACUACAAUAGCACCAACUACUUCCACCACUACCCCACACCAACUACUUCCACCACUACCCCAGACCAACUACGACAACCACUACCCUAGCACCAACUACUACAACCACUACCCCAGCACCAACUGCUACUACCACUACUGUAGCACCCACUACUUCAACCACUACCCCAGCACCAACUGCUACAACCACUACCUCAGCACCAACUACUUCAACAACUACCUCAGCACCAACUACUACAACCACUACCCCAUCACCAACUACUAUAACCACUACCCCAGCACCAACUACUUCCACCACUACCCUGGCACCAACUACUACAACCACUACCCCAGCACCAACUCCUACAACCACUCCAACUACUUCCACCACUACAUCUACUACAUCUGCCCCAACCACUACUACCACUACCCCAGCACCAACCUCUACUACCACUACCCUAUCACCAACUACUUCAACCACUACCCCAGCACCAACUACUACAACCACUACCCUAGCACAAGCUACUACCACUACUACAACCACACAAGUCAGUGCAACUACUGCAACCACUGCAUCUGCAACUGUUGCAGCCACCACCACAUCAACCACCAGUGA